GGCACCGGAGCAACGUCGUAUCAUAGCGAUAUUCGUCCGUGUGUUGUCGUUACAUUGAAACGUCGUCGUCGCCGCCGCAGCAGCAGCUAUAGUAACAGUGAUGGCUCGUACCAAGCAAACCGCCCGUAAGUCUACCGGAGGAAAGGCUCCCAGGAAACAGUUGGCCACCAAAGCCGCCAGGAAGAGCGCACCGGCAACCGGCGGUGUCAAGAAACCCCAUCGUUACCGUCCCGGUACGGUCGCUCUCCGUGAGAUCCGUCGUUACCAGAAGAGCACCGAAUUGUUGAUCCGCAAGUUGCCGUUCCAACGUCUGGUCCGUGAAAUCGCCCAGGACUUCAAGACCGACUUGCGUUUCCAGAGCUCGGCCGUGAUGGCUCUCCAAGAAGCCAGCGAGGCAUACUUGGUGGGUCUUUUCGAAGACACCAACUUGUGCGCCAUCCACGCCAAGCGCGUGACCAUCAUGCCAAAGGACAUCCAGUUGGCCCGCCGUAUUCGCGGAGAACGCGCCUAAGCCGCCGUGCCCGAAAUCACAUUACGUCUCGCUCAUCUUAAAACGGCCCUUUUCAGG